AUGCGUUUUUACAAUCCAUUAUACACCCGAAAAUGGUCUAAAAUAUUGGCACCUUUUUCAACAUUUAUUACUCAAUUAGGUAAACAACUCGGUUUACAAUCAAUCUUAGGUAAAAAUAGCAAUGAUGAUUCGUCAAUUAAUAUGGAUUCUUUGUCCAAUGAACAUCUUCUUCCAUCGCAUCAUGAUAAUGAUUCAACUCCGUCCAUGAAUAUUUUAUCGACAUUCUUUUCAACUUUCACAUCACCAUCACGAUCUCGUACGCGAUCAAAGUCUUCAUAUGGUAAACCUCCACAUAAUUCUAAUACGAAAGUUUUUAAAUAUUAUAAAAAACAACGGAAUGGUGAUGCCAAAUAUCAUGAAACAAAUACAAUUUAUCAUCAACUUAAUAUUCAUCCAACAAAUGAUGAAAAUAAUAAUCAAACAAAAAGAGAAGUCAAUCAAAAUUCAGUUACUAUCGAUUUAUUUCCAUCAAGUCCAUCACAAUCAAAAGAAUCUUUAGUCGGCGAUGACGAUCUGAAUAAAACUAAAUAUAUAUUGACAGCUGAACAUUUUAUAUGGAUUUUUAUAUUAACAAUAUUCUAUUUCACUUGGUUUAUGUUCAUUGCUGGAAUAUCGAUCAUACCGAUCAUUAUAUAUUUAGUUCUAAUGACUCUAUAUUUAUUAUCGGAUCGUACAAGACGUUUUGCGCUGGCAAUAAUUAUUUAUUUCACAUAUUUAUUUUUAUAUGAUGCACUACAUUUAAUACCAAAUUAUACAGUUUCCCAAGUACACAUACGUGAUGUGUAUUCUAUAGAAAAAAAGCUAUUCGGUGUUUUUCAUAAUGGACAUUUAAUGACAUUAAAUGAGUAUUUUAAAUUACAUCAUGUGCCUCUAUUGGAUAUUUUUUCUGGAUUAUGUUAUCUUAGUUGGAUUCCAAUACCAAUAGCGUACAGUCUUUAUCUCUAUCGAUAUAGAAAUAAACGAGAUUAUAUCGAUUUUGCACUAACGUUUCUUCUAACAAAUAUUCUUGGCUUUGUUAUCUAUUACAUCGUACCAGCCGCACCACCGUGGUAUAUUGAAUUAUAUGGAUUUGAUAUGAAUAUGAAAGUACCUGGUAGUCCAGCUGGUUUUAUACAGUUUGAUAAACUAACAGGAAUAAAAGUAUUUUCAUCAAUGUACUCGAAAAAUGCUAAUGUAUUUGCAGCCAUACCAUCGUUACAUGCAGCUUAUCCACUUAUAACAGUUCUUUAUGGGUCAUUAAGUAAAAGACUUUGGGUUCAUAUAGGAUUUGUCUUAUUUACAUUAAGUGUAUGGUUCUCUGCCGUAUAUUCUCGGCAUCAUUAUGUAUUAGAUGUACUUGCUGGUGGUUCAUGUGCAAUAGUCGCUUAUAUACUUUAUCGUCUCGUAUCACGUAUACCAACCAUCAAUCGAUUGCUCGUUGCAUACAGUAAAUUAAUCUAG